AUUUAUACGUUGCAUGAUGAUUUCGUUGGCAACGAGUGACGAAAUGAGCAAAAUGAGCAAUCAUAGUGAGAUGAGUGGAUCUUCAAGCUCCCGGAGCAGCACAAGAACUAAGAGUUCUGAGAAGUGAGAGCACAAUUGAGAGUUCCGAGAAUCGAAGCACAAGAACUGACAGUUCUAGCAGUAUGGAGUCUGUUCAGGAAAUCGCACCAGAAGCUCAGCAGAUCCUCUCUGAUCCGCGAGCUCUCAGAGGUAGCAUUCUCAUGGAACAUCUUCGAGGAAACGAUUCGUUGGAUGGAUACAGCAGUUUGUGUGAUAUAUUUGGGAAGGAAUUUAUGGAAUACAAUCAUUUCCUCUACUGGUUCGAUGGGCUUGCCGAUGGGACACUGACAUUGGACUCGAUUGACCGGUUCUCGCCACAAGCAGUUCCCCGCAGCUUCCAGGCCACAAUUGACAAAAUUACAAAUAUCAAGGAUGUUUAUGUGUAUUUUGGUGAAUUCGUAAUAUUCGUGAACGAAAACCAGUGGCGUUACCACAACAGAGGAGAGGACUUCACUCUAGUGACAUUUGAUAGUACUGACUAUGAGGAGAAAUAUGAUUAUUUAGUCGAUAACAAGAUGCCAUAAUGAGUAUCAAGUUUGAUCUGUAUCGAGACAAGUCAAUUUGGAGCAUUGUCUGUUUGGAACAGUGGAAAAAAGCGAAAACUCUCUCCUUGGGGUUUUCUACCGUUGCCAAGUUUUCUAAGAUCGUCAGACACGUUGCUCACUUUACCUCAAUGAGUUUCAACUGUUCGAAAUCAUUUUUAUCCGAAGCCGAUAUUCUGAGCAUCAGAGAUAUCGUUCUCGUGAAAUCCAAGAAUAUGGAUAACUGCUCUUUCGAAGAUGUGAAAUAUGAUAAAAACCAAUUUAUGAAUGCCUUCAAUGUUUCCCAAUCUGCACAAUCAUUUGGAUCGUUUUCCUAUCAAAUCGGCAAUUCUUCCUUCACUAUCCACUGGCAAAAACGUGGAUUCCAGAUUCAGAGAGAUUGAACUCGUCAGAAUUGUGAACUCGUUGUCUGAUUAUUUUUAUCAAAAAAACUGUGUUUUCUGGAAAAUCUAGUAUUUUCCGCAUUUCAACUCGAAUAAAAGUUUUCUGGAGCAUCAA